AUGGCGGGCCUACCUCCGGGUGUGUUCCCACCAAGCCACAUGGGAGGCGGAAGUCGUCCUGUGAACGGGCCAAACGCCAUCCCGCCUGUGGCUACCGUGUCUCCCUCAGCAGCAGCCGGUCUCCAUGGUUUCAACGGAGGAGGACAGCCGACGCAUGAAGGAGUCCCUCGUGCCGGAGUUCGUCCCAGCAUGGCCGAAGGCGUAAGAGGACCGGUCUCCAUGCCGCAACGUCCAAUGUAUCAACAAGAGCAGCUUGGUCAACAACAACAAGAACAGCAACAAUAUCCUCCUCUUGUGCAACAGCAAGUCGGUAUGAACCCCGGUCCCAUGCAAAACCCUCAAGUGCAGCCGCCUAUGAGUCACGGUCAAGCCUAUCAAAGCCCGCCGCCUUCGCACCUUCAACAAUGGCCACAGCAACAAUUACAACAACAACAAAGCAUAAACCAACCGGCCCCAAAGGACCGUAGACGUGAGCACCGCAACGAGCUCAUUGACCUACGCUACGAAAACAUGUCUGAGGAGAAGGCCCGUGAAGAGCUCUCCACAUACAUUGUCUGGCACAUGGAAAAGGCUCGCAACGUUUGUGGCACGGACAGACUGGGCGAUCCGAUUCUGCCCACCUGGGAAUGCGCCACGCAUACGGAAGAAACGGGCAUCUCCCAGAAAGAAGCCGCCCGCAGAGUGCAUGAGCUCGAUAUAAAGGACGAUGGGGUUAUAGAAAAGAAGAGAGCACUGCCGAAGGCCGUGCGGCAACAGAUUGACUGCGCGCAAGCCAGAUUGGAAGCAGACGAAAAUGAUGAUAGAUAUGAAUACGAGCUGGCCCAGUUGGAGAGCGAAACUAGAAAGAUUGAUGAAAGCAAUCCAUUGUAUCACAUCCACAUCUCAAAGUCGGACAAAGAAAGAAAAGAGAGGGACCGGGACAGAGACAGAAAAGACAGGUACAAGGACAAGCAUCGUCGGUGCAGGGAGUAUAGGGGCGACAAGGAGUACAAGGGAGACAAGAAACGCGACAAGAAACGCGAGAGAGUCAGCGUGACGGCAUACUUUCGGAGAGUGCCCAGGAGUAAUGAAGACGCCAUUGAGAUGCUGCAAGAGAAGCAGAGGUUGAAGAAGCAGUCGCUUCUUUCGAGUGGCCGACCGCAGCAACGCCGCUUCAUGUCCGUGGAAAACAACAUGGCGGAUGGUCACGCUACGCUUCAGGGGCAGCAGAGAACGAACAUGCCUCAGGUCCACCAACAGCAACAGAUGAAUGCGAAUCCGAGAAUGGCGCAAUCGUUUCGGCCGGCACAGCAGCAGCAGCAGCAGCAGCAGCAGCAACAUACCCAACCUCAUCAACCUCGUCAACCUCAUCAACCUCGUCAACCUCAUCAACCUCAUCAGCCUCAUCAGCCUCAUCAGCCUCAUCAGCCUCAUCAUCAACCUCAGCAACAUCCUCCGAUUCUUCAACAGCAACAAGCGCACCCCCAAACCCAGCAUUUUCCUUCCCAGGGCCAGCAGAUUCCCAGGCCUCAACCGCAGAUACCCCAGCAGGUACCACCACGGGCCAUGCCACCCCAAGUGUCGCCACCGCACCAUCAACAACAACAGCAACAGCAACAGCAACAGCAACAGCAACAGCAACCACGACGACCAUCACCACCUGCGCCUCAAAUACCCAGAGUUCCCAACAUGACACCACACCCAAACCUCCAAAGUCGCCCCGACACCCCUCACGCCCAACGCUCCUCCACGUCCAACCGCCAAGUCAGACCAGCCGGCCAGCAACGCAACCCCAAGGUCUACGUGAAAUCCCGGCCCUCCAGCCCACGCAGCUCCACAGACUCUGCCACAUCCUUCGAGAGCGACUCCUCCUCCGACCAAGGGGACUCGAUGACGCCCCAGUCCUCCGUGUCCUCCAGCGCCCGGAACAAUCGCAACAGCAACAGGCGCUACCCGUCCAAGCAGCGCCACGGCCGCCGAGACCGCCCCGAGCAGUUUGGUGUCGGGGUCCCCUCGACCAGGCGGCAUUCCAAACGAGACACUGACCAGGCGAUGCCGCCCUCGCCGCCCUCCACCUCGCCGUCCCCUGGACAGCCGGCGUUCGAGUAUCGCACCGGCUUCCAAAGGGGGUACCACAUCGGGAAAGAAGACGGCAUCCAGCAGCACCGCCCUGUGGUCGUGCAAGACCACCUCGGGCGCAUGAUGCCCGCCCACAGGGCCAGGCAAGCCAUCCACCAAGACCAACUUGACGACGUGAGCCGCAACAUGGAGCAAGUCCGCGUCACAGACCACAUUCGUGGCGAACAGGUAUACAGGAGGGACAGGGACCCCUACUACCCGCGCGCAGACGAUAGCUUUGAAAGAGGGUGGCGAUCCGGCGGCAGGAGCCCCAGGCGAGACAUCGUGGACAACGAGUACGACGAGUCCGCGGAUCGCUGGGCGAGGAGCCACGCCGGCAGAAGGCCCAGACGGGACGUGGUAGACGACGCAUACGACGACGACGUCGGGGGAGACCGGUGGGCGCCCAGGGAUUACAUGAGCAGCAGGAGGGACGGCAGAGACGAUCGGUAUAAUCCCAUGAUGCCGGCCAGCGGCGGCUAUCCAACUCUCCGACGGCAGUACUGGACCUGA